AUGACCAUUGUACUCAGUGAUGAAAGAACGAAUAAAAAUGCUUUACUACUACAACUACGUAUUGCCACUACUACUACUACUACUACUACUACUACUACUACUACUACUACUACUACUACUACUACUACUACUACUACUACUACUACUACUACUACUACUACUACUACUACUACUACUACUACUACUACUACUACUACUACUACUACUACUACUACUACUACUACUACUACUACUACUACUACUACUACUACUACUACUACUACUACUACUACUACUACUACUACUACUACUACUACUACUACUACUACUACUACUACUACUACUACUACUACUACUACUACUACUACUACUACUACUACUACUACUACUACUACUACUACUACUACUACUACUACUACUACUACUACUACUACUACUACUACUACUACUACUACUACUACUACUACUACUACUACUACUACUACUACUACUACUACUACUACUACUACUACUACUACUACUACUACUACUACUACUACUACUACUACUACUACUACUACUACUACUACUACUACUACUACUACUACUACUACUACUACUACUACUACUACUACUACUACUACUACUACUACUACUACUACUACUACUACUACUACUACUACUACUACUACUACUACUACUACUACUACUACUACUACUACUACUACUACUACUACUACUACUACUACUACUACUACUACUACUACUACUACUACUACUACUACUACUACUACUACUACUACUACUACUACUACUACUACUACUACUACUACUACUACUACUACUACUACUACUACUACUACUACUACUACUACUACUACUACUACUACUACUACUACUACUACUACUACUACUACUACUACUACUACUACUACUACUACUACUACUACUACUACUACUACUACUACUACUACUACUACUACUACUACUACUACUACUACUACUACUACUACUACUACUACUACUACUACUACUACUACUACUACUACUACUACUACUACUACUACUACUACUACUACUACUACUACUACUACUACUACUACUACUACUACUACUACUACUACUACUACUACUACUACUACUACUACUACUACUACUACUACUACUACUACUACUACUACUACUACUACUACUACUACUACUACUACUACUACUACUACUACUACUACUACUACUACUACUACUACUACUACUACUACUACUACUACUACUACUACUACUACUACUACUACUACUACUACUACUACUACUACUACUACUACUACUACUACUACUACUACUACUACUACUACUACUACUACUACUACUACUACUACUACUACUACUACUACUACUACUACUACUACUACUACUACUACUACUACUACUACUACUACUACUACUACUACUACUACUACUACUACUACUACUACUACUACUACUACUACUACUACUACUACUACUACUACUACUACUACUACUACUACUACUACUACUACUACUACUACUACUACUACUACUACUACUACUACUACUACUACUACUACUACUACUACUACUACUACUACUACUACUACUACUACUACUACUACUACUACUACUACUACUACUACUACUACUACUACUACUACUACUACUACUACUACUACUACUACUACUACUACUACUACUACUACUACUACUACUACUACUACUACUACUACUACUACUACUACUACUACUACUACUACUACUACUACUACUACUACUACUACUACUACUACUACUACUACUACUACUACUACUACUACUACUACUACUACUACUACUACUACUACUACUACUACUACUACUACUACUACUACUACUACUACUACUACUACUACUACUACUACUACUACUACUACUACUACUACUACUACUACUACUACUACUACUACUACUACUACUACUACUACUACUACUACUACUACUACUACUACUACUACUACUACUACUACUACUACUACUACUACUACUACUACUACUACUACUACUACUACUACUACUACUACUACUACUACUACUACUACUACUACUACUACUACUACUACUACUACUACUACUACUACUACUACUACUACUACUACUACUACUACUACUACUACUACUACUACUACUACUACUACUACUACUACUACUACUACUACUACUACUACUACUACUACUACUACUACUACUACUACUACUACUACUACUACUACUACUACUACUACUACUACUACUACUACUACUACUACUACUACUACUACUACUACUACUACUACUACUACUACUACUACUACUACUACUACUACUACUACUACUACUACUACUACUACUACUACUACUACUACUACUACUACUACUACUACUACUACUACUACUACUACUACUACUACUACUACUACUACUACUACUACUACUACUACUACUACUACUACUACUACUACUACUACUACUACUACUACUACUACUACUACUACUACUACUACUACUACUACUACUACUACUACUACUACUACUACUACUACUACUACUACUACUACUACUACUACUACUACUACUACUACUACUACUACUACUACUACUACUACUACUACUACUACUACUACUACUACUACUACUACUACUACUACUACUACUACUACUACUACUACUACUACUACUACUACUACUACUACUACUACUACUACUACUACUACUACUACUACUACUACUACUACUACUACUACUACUACUACUACUACUACUACUACUACUACUACUACUACUACUACUACUACUACUACUACUACUACUACUACUACUACUACUACUACUACUACUACUACUACUACUACUACUACUACUACUACUACUACUACUACUACUACUACUACUACUACUACUACUACUACUACUACUACUACUACUACUACUACUACUACUACUACUACUACUACUACUACUACUACUACUACUACUACUACUACUACUACUACUACUACUACUACUACUACUACUACUACUACUACUACUACUACUACUACUACUACUACUACUACUACUACUACUACUACUACUACUACUACUACUACUACUACUACUACUACUACUACUACUACUACUACUACUACUACUACUACUACUACUACUACUACUACUACUACUACUACUACUACUACUACUACUACUACUACUACUACUACUACUACUACUACUACUACUACUACUACUACUACUACUACUACUACUACUACUACUACUACUACUACUACUACUACUACUACUACUACUACUACUACUACUACUACUACUACUACUACUACUACUACUACUACUACUACUACUACUACUACUACUACUACUACUACUACUACUACUACUACUACUACUACUACUACUACUACUACUACUACUACUACUACUACUACUACUACUACUACUACUACUACUACUACUACUACUACUACUACUACUACUACUACUACUACUACUACUACUACUACUACUACUACUACUACUACUACUACUACUACUACUACUACUACUACUACUACUACUACUACUACUACUACUACUACUACUACUACUACUACUACUACUACUACUACUACUACUACUACUACUACUACUACUACUACUACUACUACUACUACUACUACUACUACUACUACUACUACUACUACUACUACUACUACUACUACUACUACUACUACUACUACUACUACUACUACUACUACUACUACUACUACUACUACUACUACUACUACUACUACUACUACUACUACUACUACUACUACUACUACUACUACUACUACUACUACUACUACUACUACUACUACUACUACUACUACUACUACUACUACUACUACUACUACUACUACUACUACUACUACUACUACUACUACUACUACUACUACUACUACUACUACUACUACUACUACUACUACUACUACUACUACUACUACUACUACUACUACUACUACUACUACUACUACUACUACUACUACUACUACUACUACUACUACUACUACUACUACUACUACUACUACUACUACUACUACUACUACUACUACUACUACUACUACUACUACUACUACUACUACUACUACUAUUACUACUACUAUUACUACUACUAACUACUUGUUAUAA